AUGGGGAAUACAUUCUCUUCUUCAGAAGAUCUCUCCAGUUCUCAUAACGAAAACAACAAGAGAAAAACAUCUACUGCCUCAAAAGGUGGAAAGCCUAAAAUUCUUUCAAUACAAGAGUAUGAAGCAGAAUUGGAUCUUUUAACCAAUGAACCAAAAUCCUCUGACGAUACAGACACAGGGGAAUAUUUUUCUGAUGAAGAUGAUGACAAUGACAAAAAUGAGAUCAAAUCCUUUACAUUACCGAUUAACUUAUCUAUGGAACCAGAUAAUAAACAAUAUUGGCAAAGUAAAAUACGUACAGCACCAAAUCCAGAAUACUUAGAAGAAUGGAAAUUCCAAAUCCCUCUUGUUACUAUACACAAAUCUACGCUUAUUUGUUGUAUCGUUGGAUUUUUCGGAAAUGAAGAAUAUCUGUGUGGAGAAGCUUUUCUACCAUUUGAAAAUUUAAAUUUAAAUAUUGAAAAUAUUCUCACAGUAAAUUUUCAACCAAUACAUGUUCUACCGGUUACACAUGAUUUGCAAUUAACAAAGACAGAAGUUGAAACAGACGAUAAAAGUAAAAUUGCAACGUCAAAAUUAGCCGAUCAAGAUCGACCAUCAAUUUGUCCACAGAAUGAAAAUGCAAUCAUUUUCAAUACACGAUUAUCUAAAGUUUUACUUAUGCUACGAUUAAGUCAAAAUACUGGACGAUUUGAAUGUUGUAUUCAACAAAUUAAUCUUAUUGGUAUACGAAUAAGUAAAAUACCAAAACGAAGUAUCUAUGUGAAAUUAUUUAUUAGAACAGAAGAAGAUGGUUUAAUCAAUAAAGCGCAUAGUGCAUCUUAUCAACAACAAUCUACAAUACACAUGAAUGAAACAUUUGCAUUCUAUAUAAAACCGUAUCAAAUAGGUCGAAUCACUGUAGAAUUUUCAUUAUUCAAAAGAAAACCAUUCAAUAAACGAAUUAUAAUUGGAACGUGCAAAAUAGGUAAAUAUAAUACAAGUAUUAAUGAAUUAGAACAUUGGGAACGUGUAUUAGCUACAAAAGAUCAAGUCAUAUCACAAUGGCAUAAAUUCUAUCCAAUAGCAAUAACACCACCGGAAAUGACAUUGAAAAUGGAAGAUUGA